UUUCGAAUUCGCCAUCCACCUAUUGCAUAAUCUGGAGGCGCUUCUGGUACAGCUCAUGAAUAUCCUAAACCGUGGACAAGUAUCGAGUCUGAAUACAAGGGAUACGACAAAAACUUCCAUCCAAUCUCAUGAGCAGUUUAGUAAUGACUCAGAAGAAGAUGACUUUGAAUCUUCUGGCGAUGUGUCUAUCACCGAUUCGUUGUUGUUUGGUGUGGCUGCCAGUAUUGACAAGCUUUAUCGUCUCUCAUUCAAAAUACGCGAUCCCACAAUGAGGAUGGGAUUUUCCAAAGCGCUCAAGUAUCGUGCAUUGGACCCAGAAACCGACGUUGAUCUGAUCGACCAGCUCCGAGAAAGCAGCCAACGCCAUCUUGAACAGCUUUUUCUAUCUUAUCAUUCGACCUCUGCAAGGGACUUGGAAAAGGACUUUCUAGUUCAGCAUCUAGUCAAAGCCAAUACCUGAGGGAGGCAGUGGUUUGCAUACUGGAAGAGGAGACGAGGUCGGUUUGAAAUUAUGUCCAGAAUAGAAACUAUGGAAUAAAUGGCACCCGAUUCCGGGGCAGAAAACAAACCAAAUUUGAAUGUUCC